AUGCCGGGUGGUCGAAAAUUCUCGUCAUUUUGGUUUUCAAUGUGGAGGUGCAAGGAGUGCCCUGAGACUGUUAUCUACGAGAAACCCAACAUUGAAACAAGACUACUCUGCAUCCUAAAGGCUUUGUGCGUGUACUUGAAUGAAGACCCCGAGGACCUGGUUAAGACCUACAUGGAUGCCGAUGUUGGAGCAGAGAAGGAGUUUGAGAAAGUAGUGCUGGGUGUCUACAUCGUGGAACAUCAACAUGCCGAUGCAUCAGACUCAUUGGAGGACUUUGGAAUAAUCAUCGAUGGCAUUGCAGUUCUUCAAGACCUAAAACACAUUCCAACUGGAUGGCCGCUCCUUCUUGGAUUAAUCUACUGUCUGGACAUGAACUCUCGAAAGGGACUCGGAUGUACUUUUGAAUUUAUUCCAAAGAUGGAUGGACCUAGACACACAGACGGACAGGUACACAGAGUGGAGACAGAGGGCCAGGGACACAGACUGAUGGAGACGGACGGACAGGAACACAGACUGAUGGAGACGGACAGACAGGGACACAGACUGAUGGAGACAGACUGA